UAGUGAGGAAAAAUGAGGAAAGCUUAGUAAAUUAAUUACCUGUCAGCUCUCUCCUGAAUACAAGCUUUAGGCUGUCUGCAAAGCAGGGAACAAGGAUACCAUUUUUAGGUGUACUUUAUCCUUCUCUGUAAUGCUGCUGAAGCAUGCUUCAGAAUCAGAAUUUUGCAAAAUUUUCUGUAAGAAAAUCUUUGGGUUUUGUUCAAACUUAGGGAAAAAGAAGGGCUGGAGUGCUCCAUUUUCUUAUUGGCCCAUGUAGGACUUGCUGUUGGCCAGUUGCCACUGUCCCUCUGGGCACAAUUACCUGGUUGUGACAAGGGGACCUGGUAUGACUUCCAGAGGAUGCCAGCACUGGCAUAUCUUCUUUUCCCACACAGCCCAUGGGACUGGAACUGCUGAUGUGCUUUACAGCAGAAGGUCUCAGUUCAGGUUCAGCCGUUUGACCGGGCAGCGCCUGCAGCAGGUCACAGGAGGGCUCUGGGGAUGGGUGGUUACAGGGUGUGACACAGCAUCUGGGGGAAACUGGCAGUGCAUAGACAAGUCCAGUCUGAUUUCUGCCCCUCUGUACUGCACUGCCCAUGUCCCCUAACAUAAGACAGGGCAAUAAUGUUGCAGAUCUUUAACCCCUCUUCUAUUAAGAAAGAGAUUAUAAACCAAACAAUGGUAAUAAACACUCUAGCAGUUUACAGUGCUUCAGCAGAUGGACCUAUUUACCAUCUAUAAUUACCUUUUUACAAGAAGGAGAUAAUGCUUUAUCCGUUAACCUGCAGUACUUUGUCACACUACGUAUAGCUUUUUUUUAAUAAGAACACAGAUAAUUUGUUUUAUUGCUGAAAUGCCUUGCUCAGACGACCUCAAAUUCAGAUCAUCAGGUUUUCUAGACAGAAGUUUUACAGAAAGCUAGAAGAAAUGUACAGACUGCAGAAGAGGUUAAAUGGGGAGUGCUGAUUCUGAGUUUGGCUGGUAACACCACUGACCUAGCACUCCCAUCCUUGUAAAAGAGUGGAUCAGCCCAUUGGAUUUGCACACAGACUUCAGUUGCAUCUGUAGGAAAAGUAAUUCAAAACCUUCUCUUCCCCACCUCCUGCUGCUUCUUGGAGCUGACGUACGUUAAAUAUUAACAACCUUUGUUCAUUGGUUCCCUGCUUCACUUUUUAACAGCGGAUGAUAUUACACCAAGCCAUCUCCCUUCUCUUCCUGCUCAUCAGCAGCAUCCUGUGAAACCCAAGAGCCUGCUCUUGUAACCCUGCCUACAGCACCUGCCACUGCUCCCUGGCAUUGCCAACGCUGCCUGCCUUCGACAUCCACAAGUGGCUUGUGCUGUGAGCCAGGAGCUGCGGGGAGACACUGCUUACAAGACGGAGGGGAGCAGCCAGGAACAAAGAGGAGGAAGUGGUGAGGAUGGCCAACAACUCCAGCACAUUGCCCCGGGUGACUUUCCAGACUCCAGAGAAACCUGGGGAAGAAUCGUCACACAGAAAACUGGGCAAGCUAACCAUAAAGUACAACCGCAAAGACCUACAGCGUUGGCUAGACCUGGAGGAGUGGAUCAAUGCCCAGCUGCAGGAGCUGUAUCAGUACCCGCUAAGAGAGAAAACGGAUGCAGAAGUUCCUGGACCAGUAAUUGACCUUGAAGAUCUCCUGGAAGUCCCCAAUGAAGAACAGAAAUUGAAACUACAGGAAAUCCUCCAUGAGUGCUCCAGUCCAACAGAGGACUUCAUUACGGAAUUGCUCAGUCGAUUGAAAGGUCUCCGGAGAAUCACCAAUCCUCAGAAGAGGUUACCUCACCCAUAAGGGACAUCUAGCUUUGGUCACAAGGAAAAAUGCAUCUUUUCCACAAAAAAAACAGAUCAGCAAGAUCACUUCAGAAUACAUUUAGGAUUUACUGUUAUUAAGGAACUUCACUGAGUUCGUGAAAUUUGUACCAGUGGCUUCAAGUCUCCACUCCUUCCAGAUCUACAUGCACAGCAGGAGGCUAAGCUGUGUGUUUUCCUGAUUCUCAAAGGGCAUUUUAACCUGGAGAAUGGGACAAGAUGUCCUUCCUUUCGUUUCUUCUAGGAAUUUCCAAGCUGGCUUGGGAGCAACGAAUAGAGUUCUCAGAAGCACAUAAAAACUUCCUUCUUUCCAUCCACUGCAAGGAAAACAAGGAACUGGUUAUCAAGCCUUCAUCAACAUGGAAAGUUGGUUUCUGUGAAGCUGCACCCUGUUUCAAGUCUGGCUGAGACCCAACUGCGAUCUUUUGCCUGUUACUGCCAUACCUGUCUCUACAGCAUUGCUCAUACUUUAUAGAUCUUAUUAAGCCUCUGUUAGCCAUGAAGGUUCGACAGAAAAUAUACAGUAGGACCAAAGGAAAACAUCCAAGUGCAUCUGGUCAGUACUUAAGGGGAAGCUGACAAAAUAGCUGCUAAGGCUAGUGGAAGAGAGAUGUUUUUCCUCUUUGCAGAAUUUAGAACUUGAUGAUCUAGAAGCAUCUUCUACAGGAGCGAGGCCUGGGAAUGAUUUUUCUCACCAUUUAAAAAGACAAUGUAAAAUACUUAUUUUGUAUAUUAAAACAGAAAAUCAGCCAUGUGCUGCCUCAAAAUCGCUCUCUUUUUAUACACUACAGAAAACUGAACUGAAAACAUACCUGCUCCUAAGCAGCAAGUCCUUCACAGACAGAUAGGUCUCACAAAUUAGAAAUAAAGUAGGACACAGCCUUGCUGCACAAACUCUUCAGGCUAUAACUAAUGUGUGGCUGGAAAAAUACAGAGGAAACUACAUCCAGGCUCUCAGCAAGUGGGUAACUUGACACGUGUUGCAGGAAACUAAGACAUCAAAUGGAGGAUGACUACUUACGCAGAGCAGUCUCUCACAUUAUGUCCCUAUGCUGCCACCCAAACACCAGAGAUGAGUUGGUGAGUUGCAUCUGAAAGGACUUCUAUGUACCACCAUGUACUCAGGGGUGAAUGCCUUCAUGUUUGGCUUGAUAUGAGGCCAACAGGACAUGCUUGCCCUCCCGAAGUCUCCAAUUUGUAAGAAAAAUAACAAAAAUAUACAGUGCAGGUUUGCACCUGCUGUAAGUCUGGCAGUGCUCGUAGAUUCACACCUGCUGACACUGAUGAAUCACAGCUCUCAAGAAUGGAGAGCAGCUUAAUGCCAAAGAGCUCUGAGCACCAUUAACAUCACAGACUAGAUUCAAACAGAAGUUCAGACAGAAGACCCUGGUGGACAGGCCCCUGAGCUGUGUCCUCACUAUAGCUGUCAUUUGCUGCAAUGUAAGUUCACAGAUGUCCAGAUUAGUUACAUAUUCCAUAAAGCAGCUUUUAUUCUUCUGAGCUGUGACAGCACGAAGACCUAUAGGGCCAUUUCUCCAACACAAGAGACAGAUUUUUCUCCACGCAGGGAGUUAAUUCUGUACCCACUCAAUUUGGAGUGAUGAAAAGAAAAUUUUUUUGCUGUACUUUAAAGGUGGAGAACCAAGGGGAAAAAAAAGCUUUUGGAACUCUGCUUGAGAGAAGUUGUCUUUGUGUGUUCUCUUCCAACAGCAGAAAAAUGAGCAAGCUGUAGCCCCUGUGAUAUGCAGUUUUUCCACUAUAUCAAAACGUUACUAUAGUAGAAGAGUGCACUUCAGGCGAGCACAGAUACAACAGUACAAAGCAAGAUGAUGUGGCCACUGCUAGUUGACUUCUCAUCUCUGGCGCAAAAGAAAACAACGUAAGGCAGAACAACUUUUGGAUUAGUUCUUGAAAGGAAGAAGUCAAACUUGAUUUUAUUUACUUAUGGCUGCUCUCAGCUGAGCAUUUAAGGACAGACUGAAGUACAUUUUGUUUACAGACAGUUUCCAGUCAACUGCUGUUUCUCAGUACCAUCACACUACUAGCAUAAGAUUUCUAUAUUUGAUUUGCAGAUAGCAUGGUAAGAACAUUUCUUUAAGGUGACAUCUGCCUCUUGAUUAUACCAAGAUAACUCAGAACAUGUGAAAUUUCAUGUGUUCUUCUAAUUAAAAUUUCAUGAAGGUGCAUAAAAUAACCUUCAGAUCAUUUUCCAUUUAUUAUGAGCUACAUACCCCUUAACCAUAUUCAGGAGGCUAUACUUGGAUCAUUUGUUACAGCAGUUAAGGCAAAGCACAUCUGCACGAACUGCAGCAAUAGCAAAUUAAUGCAGUUUAUCUGAGGCCUCUCUGUGAACCAAUCUGAUUUCAGAUUCAUUUGUUAGUAUUAGUUUGAAUUCUUGCUGGGGAGAAAACUACUUUUGAUAUUUCACGCACAAAACAUAUUGAGAGGAAAAGAAAAUCAUCUUAUAUCCUUAUGGCACACAACAAAGAAGGAAACAAACAGAUUCCUUCUUGUAGAUCCCAAACUCUCUUCAGUUCUUGAAUGGCUAUCACUGAGGUUGAUCCUCCCAGUGAGGAACUCACAGCUUACCAAUACCUUUACUGCUUUACCAGCACCUUUUCAAAGCCAAGGUCAAUGUGUGCAACACAGCUAAGUGUGCACUGGCCAGCUAAAUGUCACACAAUACUCUUUCCAAAUGAGAUUGUUAAUUGUGCUUCUGCAGACAGCUGAUUGAGAUUGCUCUCAUGAUCCUUUUGCAUGGAGGCAUGAGCUACAGUGGAGAUGGCUUUACAAGGAGAAAGUGAUUGGCCAGCCACUAAAAUGGCCAAUUACAUGCAGAAAGCUCAGCAGCCACAAAAAUGUCCGUUAGUGACUGGGCAGUGAAAAAGUCAGUAUGUGUGAAUGACUGAAGAGUCUUCUAUGACUAAGUUCUAUUUCAGGUAUUGGGCUGGUUGCAUUUCUGGAUUCCUUGGGAUGAACCCACAGAAGCCAAUCCAGGAAACUAAAUAAGCUGCUUCAGGCUGUUAGCUGUUGCUUUACUAUUGAUGAACACAGGGCAGGUCUCACUGGACUCAUGCUACCUAACUGCACAAGGAGCUCAAACUUGUGUUGUGAUGGAUCAAACAUUUAAACUGCUUCAAGUAAAUCAUCAACUCAUAGAUAAAAAGGAGGAAAAAAAAACAA